GUAUACCAAACUUUACAUGGAGUUUCAUCUAUUUCCCCUCUUUGCUUUAUUGCUUGUUUUAGAAGGAAUUAAUUCUUCCCUCCUACCAGCAGAGGUGUAUUGGAGAUCCAAGUUACCAAACACUCCCUUGCCAAAAGCUCUACAGGAUCUUUUAAAGCCUGCAGCAGAUGAAAGAAAGAAAAUCACUUAUUCUUUCUCGGAGGAUGCUGUUGGAGCAAGGAUAUGCUAUGAAAUUAGUUACUGGGAAAAAAUGACAAAAAUAUCUAACCAAAAUUCUAUACCCAGUAAUACAACUACUAUAUUUUUCUUACAGGAUGAUCUCCUUCCUGGAAAAAAGAUGAAGCUCGCCUUCACUAAAUCUACAAAUGGGUCAAAUUUCCUGCCCCGUGAAAUUGCAGAAUCCAUACCCUUUUCAACCAACAAGCUAUCAGAAAUUUUAAACCAUUUCUCAAUAAACCCCAGAUCAAAAGAAGCUGAAAUCAUGAAAAUCACCAUUGAAGAAUGUGAAGCACCAAACCUUAGAGGACAAGACAAAUACUGUGCAACAUCAUUAGAAUCAUUGGUUGAUUUUGCCAUUGGAAAGUAUGGAAAAAAUGUUGAAGCUGUUUUGAAUGAGGCAGAAGAAGAGAAUGAGUCUCAAGAGUAUACAAUUCUCAAGGGAAUCAUAAUGGUUGGAGAGGAGCAGAUAGUGUGCCAUAGGGAGAGAUAUGUGUAUGCUGUAUUUUAUUGUCAUACCAUCAAAUUCACAAAGGUUUAUAGUAUUUCAAUGGUGGGUGAAGAUGGCUCUAAGGCUAAAGCAAUUGUUGUUUGCCACACAGAUACUUCAGCUUGGAGCCCAAAGCACUAUGCCUUCCAGGUCCUCAAGGUUAAGCCUGGAGGACCUCCAAUUUGCCACUUCCUUAAUGAUGAUGCCAUUGUCUGGGUUCCUUACUAAGUUGUGUACGUUUAUGCAUUUAUAUUAUACUAAAAACGUACUUAAUGUUUAUUUCUGCUUAAAGUUUAAUGAGUCUAAUUUGAUUAAAUAGUUAAAGAUAUAUAUUUCGUAUGA